CAGUUUAGCUAACAAUGGCAUCCACACUGAAUCUGAAAGAAGCCACUGGCAACCAAAGUUCAUGGGAUACUUUGCUACCAGAUUUCCCUAAAGGACCGCUUCGCAAAUAUCGUGAGAAAGCUUCCUUCAACUGGAAGGAGAUGGCAGUGUUACUACAUGGUGAAGAUAUCAUCCAGCUUAAGAACAGAAUCUUCUCUGCUCUGGAAAGUGAUCCUCUCUUUGCACAUCAUCCUGGAGAAGAUCUGUGCCGCGAGAAAUAUCAGGAGCUGACAUUCCUACGCUGUAAAAGGCUCUUUGAAUAUGAUUUUCUUACUCAGCAAGAGAUCAUAGAGAAUCCAUUAAAGAUACUUAAUAUGGUCAUCUGUAUAGGAAUGUAUGAUUGGUCUCUAUGUCUCCAGUAUUUCUUACAUUGUGGUGUAUUUGCAGGUCCAAUUUUGAGUGCUUCUAAGAGGUUUGCAGGCUUUGUGAAACAGAUUUAUAGCAUGGAGAUUUUUGGAUGUUUUGCUCUGACUGAACUCAGCCAUGGAACUAAUACCAAAGGCAUACGGACUACUGCCACGUUUGAUCAAAGCACUCAGGAAUUUAUCAUCAAUACUCCUGACUUUGAAGCUGCAAAGUUCUGGGUUGGUAAUAUGGGGAAACAUGCCACUCAUGCAGUUGUGUAUGCCCAACUCUAUACUCCUGAUGGACAGUGCCAAGGAUUACAUUCCUUUAUUGUACAGAUUCGAGAUACAAAAACUCUCCUACCAAUGCCAGGUGUGAUGGUAGGUGACAUAGGAAAGAAACUUGGGCUGAAUGGGUUGGAUAAUGGAUUUGCCAUGUUCCACAAUGUCAGGAUACCUAAAGAAAACAUAUUGAAUAUAACUGGAGAUGUCACAGCUGAGGGAAAGUACUCAAGUUCAAUCAAGGAUGUUAAAGAGCGUUUUAGUGCAGCUCUGGGAUCCUUGUCCACUGGCAGAAUUCUGAUCACAGCACUUUCCACGGCCAAUUUAAAGCUUGCUUUAUCGAUAGCCAUUCGCUUCUCAGCAGCUCGCCGUCAGUUUGGACCAACUGAUGAAGAAGAAAUACCUGUUCUUGAAUACCAAACACAGCAAUGGCGUCUUCUUCCUUAUCUGGCUGCUGCAUAUGCCUUAGAUUAUUUCUCCAAAUCCCUGUUUGAGAAUUUCAUAGAAUUUUAUGCAGGCUUAUUGACAAAGCAAAGGACUCAGAGACAGGCUGAUUUGGGACGUGAGAUUCAUGCCUUAUCUGCUGCCAGCAAACCACUGUCUUCUUGGACUGCUCAGCAGGCAGCCCAGGAGUGCCGAGAAGCUUGUGGAGGACACGGUUACCUUGCCAUGAAUCGUCUGGGUGAAAUCCGAAAUGACAAUGAUCCAAACUGCACAUAUGAGGGAGAUAACAACAUCCUGCUUCAGCAAACCAGCAACUACUUAAUGAGCUGGAUGAAUUGCAUAAGAGAUAAAGCUCCUUUUGAAUCCCCUUUUGGAACAAUAAACUUUUUGCAAGACUACCAUCAUAUCCUUGGCUGGAAAUUCACAUCCAUUAGUGUUGAAGAUUGCAUGGACUCCUCAGUUCCUUUAGCAGCAUAUAAAUGGCUGGUUUGUUACCUUCUCCGAGAAAGUGACCUAAAGCUGAGCAAGGAGAAGCAGUCUGGGCGAAGUGACUUUGAGGCAAAAAAUAACUGUCAGGUGUACUACUGUCGAUCCUUAGCCAUUGCUUUUAUUGAACAAACAGCCUUACAAAGAUUUCAUGACUACACACAUGAUCCCAACUUACCAUCUACUCUGCAGCCAGUGCUUAAGAAUCUCAGUGCUCUGUAUGGACUCUGGUCUUUAAGUAAACAUCUGGCUGUGCUCUACCAAGGUGGCUAUGCUUCAGGUGAACAAGCUGGUAGAUUUAUUCAGAAUGCUAUUCUGGAGCUCUGCAACAGGUUGAAAGAUGAUGCAGUUGCCCUGGUUGAUGUUUUUGCUCCUCCUGACUUCAUUCUCAACUCUCCCAUUGGUAAAGCUAGUGGAGAGUUAUAUAAAAACAUGUGGGCAGAGAUCCUUCAAGGCAGCAAAGCUCUGAACAGGCCUUCAUGGUGGGCAGAAUUUUGUAUUAAUAAACCUGUUGCAGGCAGGCUGAGGUCAAAAUUGUAAACCAAACAAGUUGUAAAAGGCUGGAUGGACCUGAGAUGGAUGCCGUGUUUCAAACUUCAGGAGGAAAUGAGACCAUAUGUCAAACAUUGAAAAUGAAAGAGAUUUUCAUAGAGAAGUGCCAAGUUUUAAAAUAACCUUGAAAUCAAGUCCAACUUGGUCUCGGGGAUUGUUAUAAUAAUGAGAGGAGCGAGAGCAACACAUCUGCACACUAUUCAUAUUUACUCAAUUAAAUACAAAAAAAUGAAGAAUCAUUAUGAUCACUGCUUCGCAAAGUUUCUAUAAAAGAAAUGUUCCAAUC